AUGGCUACAGAGCAGUGGUUCGUAGGGCCGCUACCCCUGGGCCCUGGAGAAACACCACCUCCGGAAGACUUGGAAUCAGGCACACAGCCCUGCGGAGACCCCUCAUGGUCGACCCCCCCUAGCAGGCCUGGGGACCCACCGGAGCCAGAGCCGGAGGAUGCCCAGGGACAGCUGCCAGAGGCCCCUGCUUGCACACCUUCCCCUAAGCCUCUGGCCCCCAGCCCUGCGCCAGCCCCUCCUCGCCUAUCCCUGGACACCAUGUUCAGCCCCAUCACUGAACAGCUUUGCUACCUGCUCAAGAAGGCUGAUGAUUUCCAGAGCUACUUGCUUUACAGCAGAGAGCAAGUACACAAGGAACAGCUGGCAAAGGUCAUGCCCACCUUCUUACGGAUGUGUGAGCCCUACUUCCUGUACUUGGAAGCAGCUGCCAGGAGUGUGCCCCCCAUCUUUGGAGCCCUGCAGGAGCUGGUCCGAAAAAGGCUGUUGGAGAUCUCUCAACAGCUGACCCUGCGCCUGGAGCAGCUGGUCCUCAUGUAUGCCUCCUUUGGGUUUGUGGACCUAGAGGAGACUGACCCCCAGAGCAUUUCCUGUUUCUUCUGUGGGAGGUUCUCCAUCGGCCCUUCCCACGAGGUGUCCAUCUUCAGAUACUUUGCCCCAGCAGCCUACAAUGCCAGCCGCUUCCCCCGAUGCCUCUAUAAGAAGAUGCGUUGGAACCUGGAAACCACCCCAGAGCCCAGCAGCCAGGGGCAAGAUUCCCACGUGGAUUACUACUUCCUAUGCUAUCGAGAUACAUGGGAAGACACAGGCAAGAGUCCAGCCAAUUCGUGCCCCCAGAUCCAGAAGCUGUGGUCCAUCGGCCGAUGGGUGCCCCUAGGACCAGCCGAGGAUGACCUUUAUUCAUGGAUUUUGUGCCCGCAGCCGCCUGGGGACUACCAGCAGCUGCUGACCAUCGGCUUCGAGGAGCCGUCGCAUAUGCUGGCCACCGACCUGCUGGUGCAGAUCCUCACAAGCCAGGCAGGCCCGGCCCGGCCCCCGAGCGCGGCGGGGCCCGCGGCUUGGGCCGCGCAGGGGUCUUGA